GAUUUCGUGACGUAGUUAAAGUCUGAUCGAGUGCAUUGGAAAUUUAUGUUAUAGAUUUUUUUCUUAAAUGGAUGUUUAGUUUAUACUUACAAUAGAUUGUUGUUAAUAAAAUCUGUAUGGGCGGCUCUUUGUUGGGUCAAAGUCAUCACUUUAUAGGCGUUUUAAUAAGUUCGUUAAAGCGCAUGUCAAUGAAGAAACGGCCAUAUUGGAAUAAGCACUGAAUGAUCCAGAUGGGUUAGCUGAUAAAGUUUGGAAAACCCAUGAAAAAGCCUUUGAGAUAAGACAUUUCACCUCUGUCUUCUCUGGUUUGCGACCAGAAUGCCAUCCAAACCAGGUAACAUAAGGGAUCCUGAGGUUGUAGGCCUCUUUUCAACCGAGGACCCAGACAAACAGUUUGAAGACCUAAGGGAAAUCGGACAUGGCAGCUUUGGUGCUGUGUACUUUGCAAGGAACACUCAGACUAAAGAGAUUGUUGCCAUUAAAAAGAUGUCAUUCAGUGGAAAACAGAGUGCAGAAAAAUGGCAAGACAUAGUCAAAGAGGUCAAGUUCUUAAAAGAUCUGGAUCACAAGCACAUAAUCAACUACAAAGACUGUUAUCUACGGGAACAUACAGCCUGGCUUGUUAUGGAAUAUUGUCUGGGUUCAGCUGCAGAUAUAUUGGAAGUGCACAAGAAGCCAUUAAAAGAGGAUGAGAUAGCCCAAAUCUGCCAUGAUGCUUUACAGGGUCUUGUAUAUCUACAUACUAAGAGAAAGAUACACAGAGAUGUAAAAGCUGGAAACAUCUUGCUCACAGAAAAUGGCACUGUAAAAUUAGCUGACUUUGGCUCGGCAUCUUUGAGCUGUCCAGCCAACUCGUUUGUGGGUACCCCAUAUUGGAUGGCCCCUGAGGUAAUACUGGCUAUGGAUGAGGGCCAGUAUGAUGGCAAGGCAGAUGUCUGGUCACUGGGUAUUACCUGUAUUGAACUAGCUGAAAGGAAACCCCCAUUGUUCAACAUGAAUGCAAUGAGUGCACUGUAUCAUAUAGCUCAAAACGAGUCCCCAACAUUAGCAGGUGGGGAGUGGACAGAUAGUUUCAGGAAUUUUGUUGACUCGUGUCUUGCCAAAGCACCAGAGAACCGACCCGCAGCAGAUCAGCUUUUAAAUUCCCAUGCCUUUGUAAAUACGACAAGCAACAACACUGUGAUACUAGACCUGAUACAGCGAACUAAGGAUGCUGUGCGCGAGCUGGACAACCUCCAGUAUAGACGUAUGAAGAAGAUUCUCAUGGCAGAGACUCCGUCCGAGGACCAGGUACUCCUGAACGGGCCUGAUGACCUCUCUAUCGGAGACUCCUCCCAGGAUGAUGAGACGAGCAAGUCCAACAGCCUAGCAAGUGCCACAGGGGUGAGCAACAGCAGUCGCAGUAGCAGCAUGAACAGCCUGCAGGGACCCAGUAACGACACGGAGGUCAUCAGCUUUGCCAGAGGAGAGAGAAGUCCCUCUCCACCAGCCCUCCCUCCCAGAUCUCCAAAACCACCCCAGGAUUGGUCAGGGCCUGCCAGACCGAGUUCCUAUGGUCAGUUUGGAUUAGGCAAGUCAGCGUCGAAGAUGGGUGAACCUGGUUCCCACAACUUUGCUACAAUACGCACAACGUCAAUAGUGAACAAGCAGAUACAAGAGCACGAGCAUUCCAAUGAGCUGAAGGAGCAGUUUGCAGGAUACAAACGCAUGCGUAAACAGCACCAGAAGCAGCUGCAACAGAUGGAGGCUAAAUAUAAGGCUGAAAUGGACGAACACAAACAGAAGCUUGACCGGGAGUAUGACUCUAACUCUAAUAACUUCAAGAUGGAGAUAGAAAAGCUCAAGCGAAAAAUGAUUGCUGAUCUGGAGAAACGGCAACGUAGCAAUUUAGAUAAUGAGAAGAAGCUGAUUAAGCAGAUAAGUACGGAGCAAGAGAGGGAAAAGAAGAAUUUCCUUGCUCAACAGAAGAAGGAUUACAAAACUACAAAGGAGCAAAUCAAAAGGAAUAUAGAUUCAACAACACCUAAAAAGGAGAGGGAAGAUGCAAUACGAAACCAGAAAGAGCAGGUAACUCUACGACAGAAGCAGCUUGAAGAGCGACUAGUGCGUGAACAAAAAGAGAAACUCGAGUACGAGGUCCGAAAGUUCCGGCGACGGAGGUAUUUACAACAUCACCAGCUUGAACAAGAACUUCUCAGGGAGGAACUCAGUAAACGUCAAGCCCAACUGGAAUACGAGCAUCAAAUGCUGUUAAGACACCACGAAUCGACAAGAGAUCUAGAGGUCAAACAAUUGAAAUGUAUACAAGAAUUACGUGAUGAACACAUUAAAAAACAGCAUUUUACAGAGCGACAGAAUCAGCAGAAUUAUAAUUUAAAAGCAGAGCAAGAUCUUCGAAAAAAGCAUGCAUUAGAACAAAAACAACAACCAAGAAGUCUUCGGCAAAAGGAACUGCUGAUUCGCAGACAGUUCCACGAGGCUGUUAAGACUCAGCAGAAGCAAUACAAAGCACUUAAGGACCAUAUCAUAGCCACAACACCAAAGAAUGAGGUGAAAGCAGUUGCCAAGAAGCUGAAGGAAGAACAGAUGCGCAAGCUGGCCAUUCUGGGGGAGCAGUACGAGCAGAGCAUUGCAGAGAUGCUGCAGCAGCAAAAUAUGAGGCUGGAUGACUCCCAGUUAGCAGAGGAACACGAGCUGAAGCAGAAGUUGCAACAGGAGUUGGAACUGUUGAUUGCCUACCAGAGCAAAAUCAAAAUGCAGACGGACACCCAGCAUCUGAGGGAACGAAAGCACCUUGAGGAGAUGAUUUCUAUACGGAAAGCUAUCCUGGAACAAAAGAUGGAAGAGGAGUCAGCCAAGUUUGAACAAGACCGUGCUGAGAGGAUCCGUUGUUGCCGCGAGCGACAGAGUAACGAGAUGGAUGAGUUUGAUCACGAGACCGUCAAACUGGGCAUGAACUCCCGGGACCUUGUGCAGGCCUCUGUGACGGACAAUCAGUAUGACGACAUCAGCGUGCGUGGCAGUAUGAUCAGCCUCAACUCCAGUAGCAGCAGCAGCUCCUUCACUUCACAGCAUAACAAUAAACAGACCUAUGUAUCAUAACGAGCUGGAGUAACGCUGGGAGAGCCCACCAGCCCGAUUAAUAACACCUUACCACCGCAGUUCCUACCAGCCUUGACCGGUUGAAUCUGGUGUGAAGAUUAUCAGAGUGGCGUCUUUGUUCGAAUCUUUGUCAAACUUUGUUUUUCAAGUCUGGUGUAGGCAGAUUGAAAAUGCUAGUAUUGAUAAUAACAGUGCUUUGUUUCAUUUUGGAACUAUGUGGGCAAAGUGUCCUGAAUUAAGUCAUCAUGUGUAAUGAUUCAUAGUUCAAGCGUUCAGCAUGUUUUAUUUUCAAAGCAUGCUCCAGAUCAUUCAAAUGUGUGUGUGCAGCAACAUACAUGUACUUCAAACAUAAGCAAACUGAAACCUUAAUAUAUGGUCCACUGUGACAAAUGAAUUGUAAGUUUAAGUCAAUAGAUGUUGUUGCUCAUAAGCAACAGUUUAAACUAUGAAAUGUUGUCAGUGUUACAUUUUUAUGUUAUAACUUUGGUGCAUGUGUUUACAAUACUAUAAAUUUUGUAAACACAAAAUAAGCACUAUAAUUAUGUGAUAUGUAGCCUGUGAGAAUUGAGUCAAUAUGGAGGCCAAAUUCUUCUGUUUAAUGUGUGGUUACUGGAACCUCAGUCUGCUUUAAUGCUGAUUUAGUGUACAUAGUCUACUCCCACAUGAGUUGUGUGAUCACUUGUUUGGGAAACCUUGUAUCUUAUCAUGUACAAAUUAUGUUUGUCUUGUGCUAAUACUAAUAGUGUCCAAGUGUUGGGGGUGAUCAUAAUAGCCCAGAUUGUAUCCACUUUUGAGCUAGCUAAGGUGUUUAUACUACAGUUAUCAUUUAUUGGAUUGUUAAUCAUUAUAUGCAGCUACUGUUUGUGUAUCUUCUGUGUUUUCUCUUUGUAUUAUAUGCAGAAUUGCUUAUUAUCCCCACGUUUUUCGGAGAAAAAGUGGGGAUAUUGUAUUGAUGUGCGUCUGUCCGUCCGUCCUUCCGUCCUGGCAUCCUGCUCCUCCUACACUAUUAGCACUAGAACCUUGAAACUUACAUACAUGGUAGCUAUGAGCAUAUGUGCGACGGCGACAGUGACAGAAUUUUGAUCUGACCCCUGGGUCAAAAGUUAUGGGGGUUGGGGCGGGUCCGGGUCAGAGAUUUUCACUUAUUUUUAUGCCCCCUGGUAUGGUGCAUUGGCCAUAACUUUUGCAAUAUUGAUGAUAGCAACUUGAUAUUUGGCAUGCAUGUGUAUCUCAUGGAGCUGCACAUUUUGAGUGGUUAAAGGUCAAGGUCAUCCUUCAAGGUCAAAGGUCAAAAAAACAAAUCCAAGGGAAGUAAUUAUCUUUAAAGGGAGGUAAGUAAAUAACCUGCCAAAUGAUAUAAAAAAAAUUAAUAAAUCAAAGUGGCGCAUAGAGUUACACAGUAGUGGCGCAGAGAUGUAUUUAGUAUUCAUUUGUUUGUGUAAACUCAUCUGUGAAAUGGUUUAGCUCAAUCUAAUGUUUAUACAAGGGAUUAUAACAUAUUGGCGCAAAGGGACACCUGUAUAUGAGAGAAGAGAUAGAAUGAAGUCAAGCAUAAAAAGCAUGAGAAACUUGUGGAAUAUAGCCUCAAGAAUCUAUAAAAGGGCUGAAACUUUCAAUUUGUGCAAUUACAAUUUUAGACUCCUUACUGAAAAUAUGUCAAAGUGUGUGAGAAAAAUGUGAGAAACAAUUUAAAGCAAGAUGGACUUUGAACAGGCACAUCAAAGACAGACAUGAAAUUCAACAUAUUCAUUGUUGUGUACAAGAUUGCGAUAGAAAAUUUCUUAGACGCUUCUAUUUAGUCAACCAUUUAACCUCAAAACAUAACUUUUCCAAAACAGAAGCAAAAAGAUUGGCUAUAAGAGAGCAUGUUCAGUCAUCUCAUAAGUCAUUCCAAUUAGGAUGACAUGUACAUAAUUGACUACAGUGAAGUUGAUUCAUUAUUAGAUUUGUUAGGAGAGCAGGAUGAGGAGGAGAAAUUAGGGUAUAGAUUUUCACUCAUUUUUUAGGUUAUUUUACAUAAACUUCUUCAUUUGUACAUUGAAUUACUUCAAAUUUAUACUGAACAUCUCUUAUGACAAUACGGUCAAUCUCAACUAUGCAUGGCCCCAUUACCAACCCUGGGGCGCCCCUGUGUCAAACAUGCGGCGUGGGGAUACGGGUCGGCCUCUGCCGCGCCAUUUCUAGUUAAGUAUUUGAGUUUUACAGAUUUUUCAUGCCAUCUCUUAUUCUUCAGGAUUAAUAUUGAGAUUCCAAUCAUUAUGUUAAUCAUAUGCAUGAUUCUUAUUGAAUACACUUUUUGUGGUCAUUUUAUUUAUUUGUAUCUUCUAAACAAUUUGUAUGCCCUCUGGUAGGGGUGGCAUAUAGCAACUGCCCAUCUGUCUGUCCAUCAUUUCGUUUUCUGGAGGGUUUUUUCCGCAACGCUUUUAGACAUUGAGCAUAUUGUUGGUAUGUGGGUCCACCUACAUGACCUACAGAUGUGGUGUGAAAUUCAUUCCGAUCCAUUGAUUUUUGGCGAAGAUAUGGGCCUUGGGCUAAACAAUUUUCUCUUAAAAAUCUGCGAUGAGGCCUCAACAAGCAGAAUGGGGCAUUGAGUGUCACAAACACAGGUCUUGUUUUUAUUUGUUCUGUUAUAAUUAUGCAGAAGUAACCAAAAUUCAUCAAUAACUUUUUGUUAAUAAAGCAAUAAUGGUGUUGGUUUUCAGAUUUAUAUAGUUAAAAUAUACACAUAUUUACAUUAGUAAGUUGUCUACUGUAUAAUAUAUGAUUGGAUGAUGAACUAUUAUUAAGUAAUUGAUUUUGUUUUAAUUUGUAUCCUACUAUUUGCAGUUAGCAUGGAGUAAAAUAUGAAUCUUUACUAAUUACAAUGCAUGAACAGUUUAAUAAGCUUAUUAUCAGAUAUUUUAAUUCUUAGUAUAUAUUGCUGUUCUAAAAUUAACGAUAUUUGUGCAACUUAACCAGUGUAAUGUCAGUGCAUAAAAUUUAUAUUUAUAUAUAUAAUUAUAAUGCACAUUCCAUCUCUUUAUUAGCUCAUCUAUUUUUUGAAAAAAAAUUAUGAGCUAUUGUCAUCACCUUGACGUCGGCAUACGUUUUUUGCGUUUAGGUCCACUUUUCUCAUAAAGAAUCAAUGCUAUUGCAUUCAAACUUGGUACACUUUCUAUCAUGAGGGGACUGGGCAGGCAAAGUUAUGCAACUCUGGCGUGCAUUUUGACAGAAUUAUGUGCCUUUUUAUACUUAGAAAUUUGAAAAUUUUGGUUAAGUUUUGUGUUUAGGUCCAUUUUAUUCCUAAAGUACCAAAGCUAUUGCUUUCAUACUUGCAACACUUACUAACUAUCAUAAAGGGACUGUGCAGGCAAAGUUAUGUAACUCUGAUUGGCAUUUUGACAGAAUUAUGGGCCCUUUAUGCUUAGAAAAUUGAAAAUUUGGUUAAGUUUUGUGUUUGGUCCACUUUACCCCUAAAGUAUCUUAGAUAUUGCUUUCAUACUUGGAACACUCGCAAACUAUCAUAAGGGGACAGUAAAGGACAAGUUGCAUAACUCUGGUUGGCAUUUUUACCGAAUUAUGGCCCUUUUUUGAAUUAGUAACUUUGAAUGGUUAAAUUUUGUGUUUAGAUCCACUUUACUUCUAAAGUAUCAAGGCUAUUGCUUUCAAACUUCAAAUACUUUCAUGCUAUCAUGAGGGUACUGUACCUGGCAAGUUGAAUUUUACCGCGACCUUUGAAUGACCUUGACUCUCAAGUUCGAAUUAUUAAAUUUUGCUAAAAUUGCCAUAACUUCUUUAUUUAUGAUUAGAUUUGAUUUAUACUUUGACAAAACAACUCUUACCUGACAUACCACAAUAGACUCCACCCAAACCAUCCCCCAAGCCCCCUCCCCCCGAAUCCCCCCCCCCCCCCAAAAAAGUUUUUUUUCCUUAAAUAUCAUCUAAUAAAUGACCACCACACCCUAACACUAUACCCCCCCUCCCCCUCAACAAUUUUUUAUUGCAUUUUUGGAAGAAAAUGUAGUAAAUGACCACACCCCCACACUAUACACCCCCUCCGCUCCACCCCUCCUUCCUUUGUGAUUGAAAUUGAGAUAGGUUCUUUCACCUUUAAAAAGAAAAAUAGAUGAGCGGUCUGCACCCGCAAGGCGGUGCUCUUGUUUAUGUGUUAUGUCAGUCUUUCUAUUUGUAGUUUUGUUCUCUUUUCUUAGGAUAACUUAUUAAUUUGUAUGCGCCCGGUAGGGUGGCAUAUAGCAGUUGAACUGUCCCUCAGUCCGUCUGUGCGUCCGUCCGAAAACUUUAACAUUGCCCAUAACUUUUGCACUAUUUAAGAUAUGCAUGUGUAUCUCAUGGAGCUGCACAUUGUGAGUGGUGAAAGGUCAAGGUCAUCCUUCAAGGUCAAAGGUCAAAUAUAUGGCUUCAAAGCGGCUCAAUAGGGGGCAUUGUGUUUCUGACAAACACAUCUCUUGUUUUCUAUGAUUCUGUUCAUUUUAGAAUUUUAAGCUUGACAAAUAAAUUAUUUGACAGAUAAUAUGGGUCACAGACAUUGAUUUUCGUAAGGAGGACUUUAAAAAUAUUCUCAAUAAGAGGGUGAAAUAUUCUUUUGUAUUCCGGAGCAGUCUUUCAAUUGUAAAAACAUGAUUUGCAGCUAUUAAAUGAAUGUUAGUGAAUGCAUUUUAAAGUGAGUGUGUGGUUAUAGUGCUCUUUGUUAUUUCAAUACAACUGUAGGUUAAAAUUGUGUACAUUUAUAAAGCAUAUCCACUAAAAUGUAACAUGACACAAAUGUAUUUUCUGUACAAAGCCAAGCAAAUCAAUUUUGCUAACCUAUUUAAAAUAUUUGUCAUAUUCUAUAUUGAUCAUUUUCAGCUAUGAAUUAUUUUCUUAGUGUAAUGUCUUUUUAAUAGCAUUCAUAUAGCUUAUAACCAAGAAUGGUUCUAUCAUGUGGUUCACAUUUGGUAUGGUUUGGAUUUUAAAACACUUACAAGAAUGUUUAAUCAGGUUUAAAAUGUUGCAAACAUUAUUUAUGUAAAUCUAUUAGUACUUCAUUAAGUAAUUGUGCUAUAGACUUGCGUACUUAUUUUUGGACAACACACAGAAUAUUCUGUGUACUUGAUGCAUGAACCAUGUUCACUUUGGUCGUUUAUUUUGGGAGAGAAACGAGUUAACUGAUGUGGCUUAUUGCAGUUUAUUGUACAAAAUAUUGUAUUAUCUAUGCAUGUCAUUAAAUUUGUGAAAGAUGUAGGAAACCCAAGUCAACCUCUAAUUCUUUUCUUAUCUUUGUUCAUCCGUCUUUUUGUUGGCCAGUAUAUCUUCUUAAAAUAUUUCAUACUGUGUCUACAUGAGUGCUCUGUUCAAGCUUUUAGUGCCAACGCGUUGUAAGUAAUUUGUAAUAUUUUUCAAGUUUGUUGUUUGUUCCUAAAAAAAUCUUUUUGAAUAAUUAUCAUUUAAAGCAUUGCUUCUAAUACCUAACUGGUGCAAACACAUUCACAGUUAUAUGUGUUUUUCUGUGUUCACAUCUAUACUGGAGUUAAAAGAAAUGGUAAUACCUUUUGAAUGAUAAUUUUGAAUUAAAAUUGAUUUAAAUGUCUUGGUUAAAGAUUAGUACUGAUGGCAAGACCACAAGUAUGGCUGGGUUUAGGAAAAAAAAUGCUCAUAUACUCAUUUCUUUCAGUUUUCUGUUUGCUUUUAAUUGUAAUUGCAAGUGAUAUAUCAUGCUACUCAACUAAGUUGUUCUCUCCCAUAAUAAUACAUGUGUGUAUUUUCUUCAUUGUUUUACUGUUGGGUAACUAAUGUUUUUAACACAGGAACUGCCAUUUCAUGCUACAGUUCAAGGCUACCCCAACGAUUUCAUUGCUAAAUCCAAGCAAGAUUGUUUCCCUGUAAAUGAUGUAACAUUAGUUGAGUGGCAUAUAUGUUGUGCAUGCUUCCCUCUUAAUCAUUACUUAUGGCGCUCAUUUCAUUGUAAUUCCUUUGUAACUCGCGUUUACCUCAGUAUAGGUAGCUGUUGAUCAUCAUAUUUAAUUAAUAAAAAUAAUACAGCAAUACUA